CCCGGGGGGUUAAAGACCCGUCCCGCCCCGUCCGGGCCACUUUCCGCGCCGGCCCUGGAGAUCGCGGACCGUGUGCCUGCUGCUGAGAGCAUGGAUGCCCAAGGGACAGAGGCUGGUGCGGACAGCCAGGUGACCCCUGAGGAACCGGAACAGCAGCCCAGUGUGGUGGACCGCGUGACCAGCAUGCCGCUCAUCAGCUCCACCUGCGACAUGGUGUCAGCCGCCUACGCGUCCACCAAGGAGAGUCACCCCCACGUCAGGACCGUGUGCGACGCGGCGGAGAAGGGUGUGAGGGCCCUCACAGCCGCCGCGGUCAGCGGGGCGCAGCCCAUCCUGUCCCGGCUGGAGCCUCAGCUCACAUCAGCCAGCGAGUAUGCCCACAGAGGGCUGGACAAGCUGGAGGAGAACCUGCCCAUCCUGCAACAGCCCACGGAGAAGGUCCUGGCGGACACCAAAGAGCUCGUGUCGGCCAAGGUGUCGGAGGCCCGGGACGUGGUGUCCCACACGGUGUCCAGUGCCAAGGACUCCGUGGCCACCCGUGUGGCGGGCGCGGUGGACGUGACCCGCGGGGCUGUGCAGAGCGGUGUGGACAUGACCAAGUCUGCGGUGACCAGCGGCGUCCAGUCGGUCAUGGGGUCGCGCGUGGGGCAGAUGGUGCUGAGCCGGGCAGAGACCGUGCUGGGCAAGUCGGAGGCCUGGGCCGACAACCACCUGCCCAUGACGGAUGCCGAGCUGGCGCGCCUCGCCACGUCCCUGGAAGGCUUUGACAUCGCCUCGGUGCAGCAGCAGCGACAGGAGCAGAGCUACUUCGUGCGCCUGGGCUCGCUGUCCGAGCGGCUGCGCCAGCACGCCUACGAGCACUCGCUGGGGAAGCUGCGCAGCACCAAGGAGCACGCGCAGGAAGCGCUGCAGCAGCUGGCGCACGCGCUCAGUCUGAUGGAAACCGUGAAGCAGGGAGUGGACCAGAAAUUUCUGGAGGGGCAGGAGAAGCUGCACCGGAUGUGGCUGAGUUGGAACCAGAGAACAUCGCAGGGCCCGGAGAAGGACCCGGCCAAGCCGGAGGUGGAGUCGCGGGCGCUGGCCAUGUGCCGCGAGGUGGUGCAGCAGCUGCAGGGCACCUGUGGGUCCUGCAGACUGGGCGGUCCGUCUGCUCUCCCUUGGGUCCGCCUACACAGCAGUUACUCAGCGUGGUCCAGCGUGGCUCCUGGGGCCCCUCGGGGACUUUCCCGGCUUCGCAGUGAUCUCACCGGCUCCUCCCCGUUACGCGGAAGGGGCGGUGCCUCCUCUCUGCUACUCCGGCCGAGGCCGAGUCAGUGGAGGGGAGCGGACUACGCAGCCCAGAAGCUCUUUGCCAGCUACCUGCGCUGUGUUCUGGCCUCCCGAAGUGUGCAGAAGGAACCCGGCCUCCACUAUCAGGUCCCCCGGGUCGCCCUCCCACAGACCUGGGCGCAGUGA